AUGAGCGAGCUUCACACGACGCCUAAGAAACCCAAAUUGCAAAGAGAAGGCGAAGAAGAAGAAGAAGCUAAUGUCUCUUGCAGAGAAGAGCAAGAACAAGUCCUCGUCGCAUUAGUAAAUCACCGCUCAGAUGAAAUCGAGCGUCUCAAGCAUCACAUUUCAAACUACCAAACCAAGCUGAUUGAGGCAGAAAGAAGUUUGAGAGAUUCAAAAGCUAAGUUAUCUCACCUUCGUGGUCAUGAUGAUGAAGUUUCAUUUCAAUCAAAUAGUAGUAGUGGAAAGAAAGAUAAACCAUUAAAGACUCUGAGAAAUGUGAGUCAUGAAGAUGAUGAGACUAGAAGAAAGCUUACUCCUUCUAAUAGCUCUGAUCCUAGAAGUAGUAGUAACUCCAACUCCAAGUCCAAGGUCAAGACUGUUGUUGUGAAGCAAAAACCUGAAACAUCUUCUCGUGACAGUCCUAAUGUCAAAGCUAGUGUGAAAAGGAAAUUCGAGCAAAAGGAACAUAAAGAGUUGAUUCGGCUGAUAGCAAGAAACUCAUCACCAACUACAAUCAAGUGUCAUAGCAGCAAUCAAAUCUCUAGUCAGCAUAAGAGGAAGUUGAGAAGCUUGAUUCUUUGUCCUGUAAAUGAGCAUCUGUUUGCAACAAGUUCUCUGGAUGGUAUGGUCAGUUUAUGGCAACUUCAGCCUGGAAGAUUGGCUGCUUCAUUGCUUAGUACCACAGACUGUUUAUCUCGAAAACAAAGAAGAUGGGCGGAAGAUAUGGCUUGGCACCCAUCCGGGAACACCAUUCUCUCUGUAUACACUGCGGACGAUGGUGAUUCUCAGAUCUCAAUCCUUGAUCUCAACAAGACACGCAAGGUUACUUUUUUGGAGAACAAACCUCACGUAAAAGGGAUCGUCAACAACGUAAAGUUCAUGCCUUGGGAAAACACAUGCUUUGUCACUGGAGGAAGUGAUCACGCUGUUGUGCUAUGGGACGAGAAUGAUGAUGAAGAAAACAAAUGGAAGUCGAAAACUUUACACAGGAGUCUACAUUCAGCUGCUGUGAUGGGAGUGGACGGGAUGAGGAACAAGAACGUUGUUUUAUCGGUUGGAGCGGAUAAGAGAAUUAUAGGGUUUGAUGUUCAAGUUGGUAGAGCAGACUACAAGCAUCAGAUAGAUUAUAAAUGCAUGAGUGUCCUCUCCAAUCCUUGUGACUUCAAUCUGUUCAUGGUCCAAUCCGGGGAACCGGAGAAACAGCUUCUUCUGUUUGAUAUCAGAUUGAGGAAAACAGAACUCCAUUCGUUUGGAUGGAAGCAAGACAGUAGUGAAUCACAAUCAGCUCUGAUAAACCAGUCUUGGUCUCCUGAUGGUUUAUACAUCACUUCUGGUUCAGUCGAUCCGGUUAUCCAUGUUUUUGACAUCAGGUACAAUGCUCGUAAACCAACGCAAUCGAUAAAAGCUCAUCAGAAAAGGGUUUUUAAAGCGGAAUGGCAUUACUCUCAGCCACUUGUAAUCUCCAUAUCUUCUGAUCUCAACAUUGGUCUCCACAAGAUCUCAUGA